AUGGACUGGCACAGCCUGGCCCCCAAGCUCGCGCCACACAUCGUCGCCAGCGCCCACCCCGUCGAGGGAGAAGGCAGCAUCGGCAGCGUCAGGCAGUUUAACUUCACCUCAGUGUGUAAUGUUGAAAUUGCUCUUGCAGUCAUGCCCUUCAGCUUCAUGAAGGAGAGGCUCGACUUCGUGGACGCGGACAAGUGCGAGUGCAAGUCGACCCUCAUCGAAGGCGGCGGCAUCGGCGUGGCAAUCGAGACGGCAACCUCAAACAUCAAGGUGGAGCCGUCGGCCAACGGCGGGAGUGUGGUGAAGGUGGACUCGACUUACAAGCUGCUGCCGGGCGUCGAGGUCAAAGAUGAGAUCACCAAGGCCAAGGACUCCGUCACCGCAAUCUUCAAGGCUGCCGAGACUUACCUCGUUGCCAGCCCGGACGCUUACAACUAA